CGGUUGGAGAUUUGUCCUUCACUCAGGAAUUUUCAUGGCUGAAAAACAAAAGAUAACUCAUAAAAUGUUACCCUAAUGACAGAAAUAACAUUAUAAAAACUGGAAAAAGUUUUCUACCUAAAGUCUACAGUCAUGGCGAAUGCCAAACAGAAGCUUUUAUUUAGAAAUAAAGAUGUUUCGACCGUUAAUAGUUCAGACAUGACGUUCAGGAGUUUGGAAAAGGCUGGAAGACCGAGCCAACACAACGGAAAGGUAAAUGGAAUGAAAGACAGAGUCCCGACUCGCAGGAAAUCUCUGCUUGAUUCACUGGAAGGAGAUCUCCAAGACUUUCUCAUUAAUGAAGCCAAACUUCACACUUAUGAUGACCUCACCAAAGUCAAUCCUGUUACCCCCACAACAGUGUUGAAAUGCCUGCAGGCCAGGUACAGUGCAAAUGUGUUCUACACACAUGCUGGCUGCACACUGGUCGCCCUUAACCCCUUUCAACCAAUCCCUCACCUGUACUCUAUGGAUGUGAUGAGAGAAUAUCACUCUGCACUGCAGCCUCAGGAAUUUAAGCCACACAUCUUCAUCGUAGCAGAAGAGGCUUAUAGGAAUGUGCAAGGGCAGGUGGAGCCCAUAAAUCAAUCACUGGUCGUCUCUGGAGAAAGUGGAGCUGGGAAGACGUGGACGUCACGGUGCUUGAUGAAAUACUACGCCACUGUGGCCACUUCAUCUCAGAAAUGCCAGCACACUGUCGAGAAGAUCGAACAACGCGUGCUGGACUCUAAUCCUGUCAUGGAGGCCUUUGGUAAUGCAUGCACAUUACGCAACAACAACAGCAGUCGCUUUGGGAAAUACAUUCAGCUUCAGCUCAACAGUUCUCAGCUGCUGGUUGGAGCAUCAGUGCAGACUUACCUGUUGGAGAAGACGAGAGUGGCUUUCCAAGCACCUCAUGAGAGGAAUUUUCACAUAUUUUAUCAGAUGAUGAAAGGGGCCACAGAGAAGCAGCGACAGGAAUGGAUUCUACCUUUGGACCAAGACUUUGCCUGGUUGCCACAUGCUGAGAAAACUUUAGAAGAAGACUGUUUGCAAGAGACUGUGGAAGCGAUGAUCAACCUUGGCAUAGACGGGGAAAAGCGGGCACACAUAUUCAGGAUCCUCGCAGGCCUUCUGCAGCUGGGGAAUGUGAACUUCAGUCCUGCAACUGAAGAGUCUCAGCUGUGUGAUCUUGAUGAACACUCCAAAGAUUUCCAGUUGAAGACUGCUGCUCUGCUGCAGGUGCCAUUAGAUGAUCUGCAGUCAUGUUUAAGAGUGAGAACUCUGCGUGCUGGUAAACAGAACAUCCUCAAACCGUGUUCUCAGUCAGAGUGCAGCGUACGCAGAGACUGUCUUGCCAAAGUCAUCUAUGCACAGUUGUUUGACUGGUUAGUCACUUUCAUCAACAACAGUAUGUGUGCGGACAAUUCCAUAUAUUGCAACUUUAUUGGUCUGCUGGAUGUGUACGGGUUUGAGUGCUUCCUCUUUAACAACCUGGAGCAGUUGUGCAUAAAUUAUGCUAAUGAGAAGCUCCAGCAGCACUUUGUGGCUCAUUACCUGAAGGCCCAGCAGGAGGAGUACGUGUCCGAGGGGCUGCAUUGGUCCUUCAUACGUUACCAAGACAACCAGGGCUGCCUGGACCUGAUUGAAGGCAGUCCUAUCAGCAUUAUCUCCCUGCUCAAUGAGGAGUGUCGUCUGAACAGAGCGUCAGAUGCGAAGCAGUUCUGUGUGCGUCUGGAGAAGGAACUAUCAAAAAACGCAAAUAUCAGCUGGGACAAAUUCAGCAAAGAGCCUCAUUUCACCGUGGCUCACUACGCAGGCAACGUCAGCUAUCAGAUCGAGGGCAUGAUGGAGAAGAAUAAGGACCCGGUUCCCCCUGAGCUCAUCAGUUUAUUGCAGAAGUCCCAGGAUUCAUUGCUGCACAGUCUCUUUGUUGACAGUGAUCGGGAGAAUGAGGGGUCCAGGGGACACAGUAAAGUGGUCACUGUUGUCUCAAAAUUUAAGAACUCACUUGAAAGUCUGAUGAAGAUUUUGCACAGCACCACUCCACACUACACACGUUGCAUCAAACCCAACCCUGACUGCAGACCUCUCACCUUCAAAAAGGAGGAGGUUAUCACUCAACUCGAGGCCUGUGGGAUAGUGGAGACUAUACACAUCAGUGCGGCAGGAUUUCCCAUCAGGAUCCCAUUUGGCAGUUUCCUCCAGCGAUAUGGGCUGAUCACAAACACCAAACUAGCAUCUCAAAUGAUCGGAGAAGACAAUAUCGAGUUGAGUGAUCAGGCUGUUCUGGGAUCUGCUGUGAAGAAUGUACUCAGUGUGGUCCUCAGAAGACAAACCCUCAACUCAACCAAAACCAGCCAUGAUGACAACAACAUCAUGGUGCAUUGUGGAAGGACCAAAGUCUUUCUCACACACUCCCUGUUGGAGAUGUUGGAGCAGCACAGGGACCGGGUGCAUUCACAAAAGGCAUUCUGUAUUCAGUGCUGCUGGCGCAGGUACCUGCGGCGUCUCCACAACCACAGGACACAAGCUGCCACCCGCAUACAAGCAGGGGUGAGAAGCUGGCUGCUCAGAAGAAAGGUGGAGAAAUGGCACAAAGCUGCAUCCAUCAUCCAGACCAGAUGGAGGCGCUGGAGAGCAUGGAUGGAUGCACUAGCUGAGGCAGAGCUGGAUGAUGCUGAGGAUUUUAUGGAGGAGAAAGCAUCUGUGUUGCCCAAGCUCGAUCCUCUGCUGAAGGAGCGAGGCUCAGUGCAGCUCUCCAGCAUCCAGGAACCUGUCUUGGUCAGAGGUUGGCCCAUCGGACUGGCAAUGGCUUCAGCUCCCACCGUCACUGUGUCUCUGACCGCCACUGGUUUCCAAAGGGUCAUGUCCAUGAUGUCCUGUCUGAAGAUCCCUUUCAGGAACGGCGAAUACAAAGUAAAGACCAACCAGUUUGACCAGGGUGUGGCAUCCAUCAGAGCCCAACCAUGGGGGUCUGUUAAGAUGCAUCUGCAGAGGUCUCCAUUGCUCUAUGCUGACAUGCAUCCAGCACACCAGACUGAGGUGGUGACUGGACUCAACCAGAUAUUGCUGGAAAGAAACUGAUCUUUCAUGACAUUGCAGAAUGACACUACAAGCUUUCAUCAAAUCAAUGCACCUUAAUACCCUCAGAAACUUGGGAACAAAUAAGUGAUAUUAAUCAUUUAGCUGCCUUAUUGUUGUUGUCUUCUAGUGUAAUACAGCAGUUCUUUAUACUCUCUCAGGCCUCGGCAUGGUAAAGCACAAGUGCCUUUUAUUAUAGAGCGUGUUCAAUAAGUGUAUUUUAGACUGUUUAUAAUGAAAACAUACUCCGAUAUUCCUGCACGAUCAGUGAUUGAGUGAUUAAGUGAUGUUUGAGGAUCAUUUCGUUUUUCCCAAUUUACUUGUUAAUGUGCAGCUGAUAUAACCCAAAUUGGGGGAUUUUCCAAAUAAAUUUUUCCUGAAUAUUUAAUAUGAUUUUAUGAAUAAAGUAAUGGGUUUUAAAACAUUGCAAGAUGUAUUUAUAAUCCUUAAAGAUAACGGAGAAUAUAUAUUAUUGAUAUGACUACAGUAUAGUUUUACCAAUGGUUUAUAUCUUUUAUAUAGUUUUUUUAAUUAUUUUUAUUAUUCCUUACACAAUGUACAACAUGAAACACUAAUUCGUAUUAAAAUACAAGGGAAAGGUGUUCAACAACUUGUAUCAGUGCUUCCUAAUAAAUAUCAUCAGAAUAUGCUGCUUUGCUAUAAACUAUCAUUUGGUAU